AUCAAAACGUAAUUUCUCUUUCUCGUCGUUCGUCUUCUCCACGAGCCAUUUUUUCUUCUUCUUCACAAAGGUUGUUCGACUCGUUCUUCUUCUCUUCUGAUUUCUUCUUGCUUCAACUAGUUCUUCUUCUUCUUUACAAAGAGGUUGAUAUACCAGCUUUGCAAGGGUGUUGUUUUCUGCCACUAUCAUCGAAUCUUGCACAGUCCAUUGAUGAAAGUCCACGUAUUACAAGUGAUGCACAGUUGAAUAUGAAGUUUCUUGAUUGGUACUUGAAGAUUGGGGUUGGGUCCGCUUUGGUUGGGGCUUCUAUGGAGUUGUUCAUGAUCAAAACUGGCUUCUAUGACAAAGUAACUGUUUUGGAGUCAGAAAAGCGGGCUUUGGAGAAUUCUCCGGAAGCUCAGGCAGUUAGAGAAGCUCUCAACCCUUGGAAACAUGUUGAUGCAGAAGGAACAAAAAAGUCCUGACUCAAGUAUGAACUAUUUUCUUAAAAUCCUUGAGUGAUUUGUUAAGACGAUAAAUGGUAAUGUGCUGGAAUAAACUGAUGGCGAUUGGACUAGCAAUUCUAUUAUGAUUCCUAUGAUGGAACUGGUAGUGCCUGUCCAACCCCAGUUGCUGCAUCUUGUAACUGUUGGCCUGUCUGCAAAUCAUGGGCAACUCUGGGAUGGAUCAAAACCUUCAAUUUUGUUUUGCUGCUAUCUGGCAUUGAGGCUUUGAUUUAUUUAUUUUGGCUCUUAAAAGAAGUGUUAAAGAAUGCCAACACGAGUCUCACAUUAUUCUCAAUGAAAAAGCUGCAAAUGAUUAUUAAGUUCUUUUGCUGCCUGACAUUUACCUCUGCUAUGCAAGUCUUCUAAAAUAGGCACUCUUCUAUAAUUUCAUUUGACUUUUAAUUUAGCCAAUCCUUUUUCUU